AUGAUUCGGUCCGCUCAGAAAAUCCUUCCUGUUCUGGCCUUGGUCCUUGCGUUGAGCUUGCAGUCGGCUUCUGGUCUUAGGUUCGUCAUAGACAGGGAGGAAUGCUUCUCACACCAGGUCCCAUAUGAAGGAGACACUGUCCAUGUGUCCUUUGUGGUAAUAAAAACAGAGGGCUGGGGCUAUGGAGAUGACGGCGUGGAUCUUGUGGUUCGUUUCUGCUAACCCUAUAGUCGAUUUUAUCUAAUGACUUCACAGGAACUUUGUGUUUUCUCUCAGAUAAUCUCCCAAAGUGAGUGACCGAAUAUUGUUGUUGAACGUAGAAAAAAAAAAAUGCUAGAGAAGUAGCCUGAUUUCUCUUUCAACUAAACGCUGUGGAAUGAAAGCCAUAGAUGUUAGAGAGAGUUUAUUCUGCAAACUAGUUGGUGGUGGGGGAAUCUCGUUUGGAUCGUAUUUCAAGUGGGUGUACAUUUCUCUUUUGUGUUCAUCGUUUCAUCCCUCUGUUAAGAAAACCUAGUGCAAUGAAAAACCCUAGAGGUGAGGGGUUUGUCCUGCAGAAGUAGCUGGUGAUGGGGAUUUACUUGUGAUCAUAUUCCAAUUAGGAAUAUAUUUCUGAUAUGGGUUCAUAACUUGAAAGCUGUAGAUUUUCAGGAAAGAAGCAAAAAUGGAACUUUUUUCUAUGAUUUUUUUAGAAGACCCCCCCUUUCAUUUUUGGCAAUCAUGCAAAAUGCUAGAAAUAUACUUAUCAAAUGAUUUAUGAUCUACAACGAUCUUGCUAGAAUUCUGCUAAAAUACCUUCUGGAGAAUGAAAGGCUUGAUAAUCAGUAGCCAGAACUUUUGCUCAAAAGGCUCACUAACUCCACAUUAGCAUGCGACGUUACUGAAGCUUCUUCAGGCGCCCAUCCAUCUUCCCUUCACCACCCUUCUUAUCAUGGUUAUACCCUUAACCUUGUCAUGAGUAGGCUCUCCUACUUCUCCCCCCUCAGGCUUGGAUGAUGCAGCACCUGCUUUGCUACCAUGUACAUACCCUGUGAAUUAAUCUCUUGGUUUUAUCAUGUCCUAUUGGAUAAUUGCCUUGUUAACGACUCAACUCUCGAACACGAGUGCCAAGUAUGGUAUUUUAUCAACCCAAUGCAACCAGCCUCCCAACUUGUGCAAUGCCUCUGGCAUUUCAUUUUUCUUGUCAAUUGCUACGACCCUGUCUGUUCUGCACAUACUGGAAUUUUAUUACAGGAUAAAGAAAAGUCAAUACUGGUGUUGCAUCUGAAUGAUCAUCAAUGUUCCUGUAUAGGCUAGACCUAUUGCUAUCUACCUGCAAGGUUGGCCUUCUAAUAUCCUUACUCGUGGCCAUUAAUAGGAACUGUCCAGUUGAAGGUUUUAAUAGAGAUCAAAGCCUCGAUAUGUCUAAGAACUUUUGUAUGUAGUUCCUGUUUAUUUUUUCUCAUGCGAUUUCUGUUUCCCCUGGAAACAUCAAGAAACGAUAUAACUGUUUAUGUGAUCCAACGGUGAGUAGUUUAUGUCAAUCUAUUGUGUUGAAAAAAUGUUACGAAUUAUUCAGAUUGAGGAACGAAUUUUAUUAAAGAUUAGCCUAGAUACCGAGGGAACUUAUAUAUAGAUAUUUUGACCUUUGUGGAGAUCAGAUUUGAUUGCUCAUCCUAUAUAUACCCUUUGAGGAUGGGGGUAAAUAAUUUAUUUUUCCUAUAUGAAUAUGAUCUAUCAGAUUAGCGAAUGUGUUUUGGCUCUCAGGGGCCCGUAUUAUUUAUGGAAAUAUUUCAAAGAUGAAUAAAGUUUGGUCCAAAAAUACGUUCGAUUUUCUCUUCUUUUUAUUUUUUUCCGCUAUAAAGUCAGGUUUGUACCCUUAAGCCGUAAAUCUGUAAUCUCGGGCUCCCAAUAUAUCUUCCCUGCUCAAGUCCAUGCACCAAAUGGAAAGAUGUCGAAGAUGAAUGAUAGUCUGGGUCAGAAUUAAAGGGGAUAGAGAGUCACUGAUAAAUUUUGCUAUUAUUAGUUCCAUCCUGCAACCGAUUUUCAGUUUGAUGCAAUAAAGACUUAUGAUGAUCACGAUGAAUUCUUUCUUGUGUUAUGAUUCAGAUCAAAGGUCCUUCAGGUGAACAAAUACGCGAUUCCCGUGACAAGACGAGUGCAAAGCUUGAUUUUACAGUCCAGAAGAAGGGGGUCCACCGCUUCUGUUUCACUAAUAAGUCUCCCUACCAUGAGACCAUCGAUUUUGACAUCCAUGUCAACCAUUUUGCUUACUUUGAGCAGCAUGCAAAGGACGGUAAGAAUAUGUUCUAGAAUUGCUUACCAAUAUUUCUCAAUUUAUUUAUUUAUUUAUUUAUUUUACAAAGCUCAAAGCAGUGAGAAUUUUCGACCUUUCGUAACUGUUCUUUCUAUUUAUUGAUGUCAUGAAGCUUAUAACAUCAACAGUAUUCAGACUUUCAUAAUUUCUCUUCAUUUAUUAUUUCAUGAAGCCCCAAAAAAUAUGGUCGAUACUCAGACUUUGGUGAUAUGUUUUCAGAGCAUUUUGCUCCCGUCAUUGAGCAAAUUGGCAAACUCGAGGACGCCCUCUUUAACAUUCAGUUCGAGCAGCACUGGCUUGAGGCGGAAACAGAGCGUCAGGCAAUAUGUAUGUUUUCGAGUUUCUAAAUUAGUUCUUCCGCUGAAAUAAAAGUCCCAUUUUUUGCUGGAUUUUUUUUUCUUAUUUCGUCUCCUUUUUUUAUGUAUCACGUUUAAUUAGAAAAAAAUCAUCCCAGAUUAAUCAAAAUGUAUAAAUUUUUAGCUUAUUUACUACUUCCCUGAUGGGCUUAUCCUAGAACAGCUUCAGGGGGGCAUUCGUCUUGGUAAUAUCCUUUAUGAUAUAUAUUUUUUAGCGCGUUAAAAACUAUAGAAAUAAAUUUGUUCUUCCGCUGAAAUAAAAUUCCCAUUUUAUGCUAUUUUUUCUGAUUUAUUCUCUUUUUUUGUUAUGUAUCACGUUUCAUUAAAAAAAUUCAUCCCAUAUCAAUUAAAACCUAUUAAUUUUUAGCUAAUGUACUACUUCCCUGAUGGGCUUACACUAGAACAGCUUCAUCUUGGUAAUACCGUUUCUGAUAUAUUUUUUUAACACAUUAAAAACUGUAUAAAUAAUUUUUUUCAUUCAUAUACUACCAAAAAAGUUUACUAUUUCAUAAUUUCCCAAUUACCAGUUGGAGCAUAUUGUCCAUUAAAUGAUAUCAUAAUUUCCAAUGGUUGCAGUGAACCAAGGCAUGAGCAAAAGGGCCCUCCACAAGGCCCUUUUUGAGUCAGCGGCGCUUAUCGGAGUCAGUGUCCUACAAGUCUAUCUCCUCCGCCGUCUCUUCGAGCGGAAACUCGGGUCUUCUAGGGUUUAA